GUUACUGCUCGACGUUCUCGCAUGUUAUCAUCACUGCCGCCGACCUUCUUCUUCCUUUUGUUGUUUUUGUCGUUUUAAUCGUCGUCGGACCUUUUUUGUUUUCUUUUCGUGUUUCACUCACUGUCUCUCCCGCCCAAGUCGAUAUCGUCACCGGGAUGCAUCCUUGUUGAACAAGCAACGCAGAGGAGAAAUUUGUGUAACCUGGUCGUUUCGCAAACACGAUCGGCAUUCGUUUCGAUUUCAUUCAUUCGUCUCCAACAUUUUCACAACAUCGCCAACAACGUCCCUCACUCUCUUUUCGAGAGGCGGCACAUUGCGCCAUGGAGGCCACUACCCUCAUCACAUUCCUUUUCAAUACUAAACCACAAUACCGAACUAUCGAAUUGUUCGGAUCAUGGGACAACUUCAAUCUCCCAUAUCGCAUGCACCAUGACCGCCGUCGGGGCAAUGGAGUCUGGUCGGGUUGCUUUCAGUUCGAGAACAUCAUCUUCGAUGGCGGACGCAGCGAAGGCGACGACACGCAACUGGCGUGGAGCCGACCUCGGACGGGAGGCUUGAAGCAAGGCGGCACUUACUGGUAUUACUACCGGAUGAACUAUGAGCAAGACGCCUACGAUGAUCGACUACCUUUCACCAAUGACUGCCCACUGAUGCCCGGUCAGACGGUCAACAUUCUUGAAGUACCCAUCGAGCAGAUCCGCCUCCCGCCGCGCUGCCGGACGGCCCAUGCCGACAUCACAACCUCGUCCAAAGUCAACCGACCGGAACUACAGGCCCGAGCGCAGUCUCUUGAUCCCGCGAGCAAGUAUGCUAAGCUUAACCCUCCACCAUUCUCCAAGCUAUACAAGAAUUGCAAGUCGGACCAUGCUCUCAGCGGUCGACUAGAGAGUGUCCCUGCGUUGAUCCUCGAGGAAGAGCGUCGUGCCAAAAGCGAACGCAGGAAUGUAGCAAGAAAGACCGGAAAGCUUACUCCAUUGCCCUCGAGACAAGCGUCGGGCUCUGCUCACUCAAAGUACAGCGAAGUCAGCCUCAUGAGCGAAAGCUCAAGGUCGGGUCCCCGCAGCUCUCGCCAUGACAGCACUGAUAUGAGCAGAGGUCGCUCUGCUCCAGGUUCCGCGCCGAUCUCUUUUGUCUGCGACGACAGCGAUGAACAUGUGGCGAUUCUGGUCAACGCGCAUGCCGAGCAGGAACGAGGACUCUCCUCCCGAGCGAAACACGUUCUGAAACCAGAAUACCCCUACCCUAAUGUUUUGGGCGCGUCGCCGUUGACUUCGAUCGACCUGCUCGCCGCGACGCUCUUUCCCUGCGAGGACGAUAUCGAUGAUCUAGAACCCAAUUCGCCGCGCGUGGUAGAUUUGGCGGAAACGCCGGCGGUCGAAGAACGUCGCGACUCGGGACAGGAUGGUGAAGUCAUUGCAUCGAUUGUCGCAGCCGCUUCUCCUCUACGCCUUGCUAUUCCCAGCCGGGAGAGCGAUGCGGUUUCUCUACAAAACCGACCAAAAUCCGCUGGUCGUCAGGACUCCACCUCACUGGCCUCGCCGCCUCGACCGGAUACUACAAUCUCCGGCUCGAUUCGUUCUACCAUCGGCGACAGCCCUCCAACGCAACAACGGCAAGGUCAUCCUGAUAUCUACUCUCAGCCAAACCUCACCCUUCAGGGCGCGCCUUCGCCUAUUCGGCCACAGUUGUGUCCAGGCGGUCGUGCAGCAGCUCGACAUUCAUAUCCCGGUUGUGGCCUCCAAUUAUUAACGCCUCAGACGGCUGCUGCGCUCGUCGGCGGAAACGUCAUCUCGGGCAGGAGGGGAAGUGCAAUUGAUUUUUCGCGCCAUCGUCGUCUUCAUCAGCCUCACGAAGCCCCGGCGCACCACCGUGACUCUGCUGGAUCUUCUGCCAUGCUCCUCACGCCGACCUUUUCUGCAUGUACCAUAAGUUCCAGCGACGGUCCGAGAACGCCCAUGACAACCACCAUGUUCAAUCCGAUCUCCACAUUCGGCCGUCUACCAUCUCCCACGGAUGAGAUCGAUUUCGACAUCGAUAUCAACAACACGACGGCUCUGGACAUGUCUACCGUGACCGCACUGGAGAAGCCCAUCUCACCGAAACAACUCGAAUCUCACGCGGUUUCUCGUCCACGACCUAAAACCGCCACUGCUGCAACAGGUGACCGAAUCGUCGGUCUUGUCGUCAAAAAUGAGGAUCUUCUUCUCAGUCCCGACGACCGUAAGAACAGCAUCGCAAGUACAGCGCCCUCCAGCCCGUCCUCAUACCGCACCACCCUGGACGAUAUGCUCACGAGUACGCCCAAAUACUCUUUCGAGUCGCCACAGGUCGCACGAGAAUCCUUCAUCGAGCGAAUCGCUUCGUACGCUUCCGUCACGACAGCGACAGCCGCACUCGCUGAGACAGUCUUUAUUUCUCCGCCGGGCGCAUAUCCCCCUUCUCUGGUGACUGAGACAUCCUGCGCGGAUCUCAGCACCAGCGAUACAUCCACCAUCGAGCCACCCUCCCAGCCACUGACUCACCCUCCAUCACCGACCAGACUCCCCCCUCCGCCUCCUGUGCCUGCACCCAUACCUGUACCUACAACAGCACCUCCUGCGCCGCCGACAACGACAUCAAAAACAACCACAGCACAAAUAACAACCACGCCGCUACCCAUCCUAUCUCCCCCACUCCCCUCCUCAACGCGCGACUACACAACAAUGCACCCGGCCUUCCGCCCCCGAACCUCUCAACCAACGCGUCCACCUCCCGCAACCCCACCUCCCCCACCACCGGCGUCCGCCUCCGCCGCCCUCCGCAGAACAACUUCCUCGGUCUCAACCAUGACCGCCUACACCUACGCGAACACUUACACCUACACAACCUCCAAGGCCAACCCGAACACAAGCGCAAGCGCGAGUCGCCUCGGCACAGGAACCGGCUCAGAGAGCAACCUGGGCGAGCGCGCCCAACUACAAAACAUGAUCGUCUUCGGCGCCGAGGACGACGACGACGACGACGAUGACGACGACUCGAUCAACCCGCACUCCCACUCCGACGACGACGACUACGACGACCAAAGCCUCCACCCAAGCGCCCUCCUCUCCUCACAUCCCAGGACCGAGAAUCCCUCCUCCUCUCCCUCCUCUGAAGAGCAGACCCGCUUCGGCGACGUCCGCCUCCGACCCCAAUACGCCACCGUGCCCUCCCCGCCGCUGCUGGAGAGAAAAAUCGUCGUGCAGCAUUACGAUAUCCGUGCGGAACACCCUCGGCCCCAUCACGCCAGCAUCAGUGGCGCAGUUGUGGGCGGCAGUAACGGUGGAAUCGGGAACGAUGCGUCGUCGUCGUCCUUGGAAUAUCCCGACGACGAGGAGGAUCUGCUCUUUGCGGAGUUGGGCUAUCUGGGGGAGAGCAUCAUCUGUUAGAGGACUUUUCUUUCCUUCAUUGAGUCUCGGAAGUUGUGGGUCUAAUUUAUAAUGUGUGUUCAUGUGUUUGCAUUUGUGUUCGUGUCAUGAGGCAGAGGGGACAGAGGCUGACGGAGGGAGGAUUGGUGUCUUGGGAGUUCGGCCGUUGCUGUUGUUGCUGUUCUUUUUUCAUGUGGCUUCUUUCUCCUGGGAAAGGGAAUGUGGGUUCUGGAGUUCCUUGGGAUUGUUAUCACUUCUUUCUU